GACAGAUGAAAGUGCAUUUCACAAACCACAGCUUCUGCGCCUUCAUUUGUGCCGUUUUUGAUCCCGAAAAGCAUGGGCAGCGCGGCCGAGGUGUUGCUGUGGGCCUGGAUAAUCCUGGACUCGGGGUUGCGUUCAGCCUCUCUGCCAGAAAUCACUGACGAGAAGUUCAUUGAUGAGUGCGUGCGCGAACACAACAGGGCACGGUCAUCCGUCAGGCCAGCCGCAAGUGACAUGCUGCACAUGACAUGGGAUGAGGGCUUGGCCGUUACUGCAAGAGCAUGGGCAAGAAACUGUGUGUUUGAACACAACACGUACCUCAAAGAAGUCCGCCGUGUGCAUCCUACCUUCUCCUCUGUGGGAGAAAACAUAUGGACCGGCUACCCACCAGCAUAUUUUGAUGUGACACGUGCCAUAAAAAAGUGGGUGGAUGAGAAAGAAGCCUAUAACUACAAGGACAAUACAUGUACAGCAGUGUGCGGACACUACACGCAGGUUGUGUGGGCACAAAGCUACAAGGUCGGUUGUGCUGUCGAGCUGUGUCCGAAUGGCGUCAAAAAGACUAGCUUUGCUGCUGAAAAGGGGGUAAUCUUUGUCUGCAACUAUGCUCCAGGUGGUAACGUGAAUGGAAUGAGACCAUAUAAAGCUGAAGGGGUAGCCUGCUCUGGAUGUGAAGGCACCUGUGUGGACAAACUCUGCCGUAGCCAAGAGCGAGAUUCACGGGAAAAGUACGACUGGACCCCUGACUGGGACCUUACUGUGACCACCACAGACUACGAGUAUACAUCUAUUAUGGUCGUCCGGCCCAUUGCGCUCAUCAUCACCUUCAUCUCAGCAUAUGCCGUCCACCACUUUUACCCCGAUAUCUUUUACUAUGAAUAGACCACCUGUGGGACCGGAGGGACACAGAUAUACUCACACAGUGCUACGAUGAAGAUUAAAGAUGAUAUUUUUUUUGUUUUUUUAAAACACACAGCUUGCCAUUACACAUGAGCUAUCAAGAAGUACAUCCAUUUUAUCCACUAGCUUCUGUGGAGAGACCACUGACAUAUAUAAAGAUGGGCAACGUGUCUCCCACUGUACAAAAGUGAAAGCAAAGUAUCCCAGAUACCAUCGCUUCCAUCUUGUGCUGGUGACAUCAUCUGGAGCCAGAGUCUGUGCAGUAGUGAUCAGGUAGUGGGGCUGCAGUCUGACCCAAUUGCAAGCAGCACUCAGCUGUCAUUCAUUCAUAAUGUUUUACCCCCCUUUUUUUUUUUUACAGCAUCCACUAACUAAAGCCAAAUUUCUCAGAAAAAUGAACACUUGAACAUACAAUAGUGUGAUUAGAACUACCUAAAACGAGUUUUCAGUCUACUUCAUCAAUCCUGAUUACAGCAAAGCAGGCAGUUGUUUUAAAAGCCCUGUUAAAGCCACAAUACAGGACCUGCCCAGCAC